AGCCGAAUGAUUGUGGGGAGGAAUGAUCAGUGAUGGGGCUGGGGGCAGGCUGGAAAUCAGAAGCUAAUUAGAUAAUUAGUGAAGUGUAAUAUUGCCACUUGCCAUGGAGAGGGAGGGGGAGUGGUGCAGUGAUAUUUGGGAACCAAUGGGAGAGGAGCCAACAGGGAGAGGGAUAGGGUCAGGGAAGGAGAGAGGAACAGAAUGGGAGGGUUGGUGAGGGAAGAGAUUACACGUUUUGCUCUGAUACAGUAACAGGUAGCACUUUGCUGGGACAGUUGAGACAGUUCAGUUCACUAAAAUCGGAGUAAAUAACCCCAAAAGGGAGUUUUGGUUCACUCAGAGUUGUGGAAGAGAAUAUUAAGAUACACACUGGCCCGGCUGCAUUUGUCUGGUUCCAGCAGAAGCAUAAGGAUCUGGAACACGACCCUGGUGCUGUAACCCUGGUGCUGCUGUAACCUGUCUUUAUUAAUAAUAGUGAAAACAUCACCCUGCCCAGCAGCCCACACUGAAGAGGAGCACUCACCUGUGCUGGGAGGAGUAGGAGUUUGUCUGUCACCUUGCAGACAGCUGAGUGACCCUUCAGUGAGUGUCUAUACCCGUUGCUCAGGCAGUGGCAAUGCAGAAGACAAUGGAGAACUCGCAGAAGUUUCGGAUAGAUGCCCUUCUGGCUGAAGAGCGGCCCCGCCUGUUGCCCCAGGAAUACAGGGAGCAACUAUUGUCGCAGCCGGUGUCUGUGUCCCAGCUCUUCCCUAAAGCUGCUUUCCUGCCACUGCCCGGGCUCUACCCUGCGACUCCCAUGUAUCACUUGCCUGCCCUGGGCUCUGCUCAUCCAAACUUCCCUUAUUCUUGUUUCUCCGCACCUCCUGCACCGGGGCAACAGCACAUGAAGGCUUCUCUACCCCUGGAACACUGGCUGAGGGCCGGCCUCCUCCUGCACCGGGGACAGGACCUGCACUCCUCUGCUCAGCCUGGACUGAUGGGAAAAUGUCGGCGACCGCGGACAGCUUUUACCAGCCAGCAGCUCCUUGAGUUGGAGAACCAGUUUAAAGCUAACAAGUACCUAUCACGACCCAAGCGCUUUGAGGUGGCUACAUCUCUCAUGCUGACAGAGACACAGGUAAAAAUCUGGUUCCAGAACCGCAGGAUGAAAUGGAAAAGAAGUCGUAAAGCCAAGGAGCAGGUGCCAUCAGAGCAGGGUGACAAACUAAGAGCAGGAGGAAAGACCUUAAGCAAAGAGGAGGAAGAGGAGGAGGAUGAAGAGGAAGGAGACUUACAGCAGGCAGACAGGAGCAUGGACAUGCUAAGGCACACCACACAGCUCAGUUACAGCCCAGAGUCUCUGAGUUCCGAAGAAGAAGAAAACACCAUGGUGCCUUCUCCAUGAGAUAGGCAGAUUGGUACUGAGUGGUACUGGGGCGCUACAGUCCACUUUAUUUAUUUAUCACAGACGCUAUUUACCAUCCCAGUUUGGGACUAGAGACAUACAGUUACUUGGCUAUUUAAUUUAUAUGUAUUUAACUACUAGUUAUCUAAAUGGGCAUAUGGGCCGGUUGGGGGAAGUAUGGGAGCAUUAAACUGAAUCUUGGAUACAAGAACUUUGCUACACUGCAAUUCCAUAAAAUCAUUUAUACAGCACUUGAGCAAUGGGAAGGACAGGAACAUUGCACUGCAAUCUCGAACACUGGCAAAGGCCAGUACUGAAAUUCACAGGAUGCCACCAGUUGCCUGUAAUGCCAAACAGCUGGAGGGCUGCAAUCCAUGAAUCCAGUGGUGCCAAAUCUAGCCCAUUGCUAUUAGGAUAAUUCUGCCAUCCCUGUAUAUACUGUGCCACUAUUAGGGGCCCCUGCUUUCUCACUGCCAUUGACAGCAAUAUUUAGCACUGUUUAAUAAACACCAAUGUACAAUACUUUUUACUACCCCAGAGGGCCAGAAUUGUUUCUGAUCACAGUUAUGUGCCUGAUCCCACAUGGGGUCUAUAUUGCUCAUGCAUUUUAAGGGUUAUACAACAGCAUGGGCAGCAUUUUCCCUGUCAACUAACCCACAGCUACCAACAAGCAUACUGUUAAAUGGUUGUCAUACAGGAUCAGAAUUACUUCUCUACUGCUAGUCACUUUGCUGUUGAAGGGAAAAUAUAUACUAUAUAAGUAGUAUUUAUUUUUCAGUUAAUUUCUUUAAAAUACUAUAAUAUGUGUAUAUUGGCAGGGACAGUUGAAUUAAAGGCUGUUGGGGCUGCUGAGGGUUGUAGCUGAACAACUAAUUGCGGGUGACAUUUUAACAACACUGAAUUGCAUACUUAUAUACCCCCAAGUGAUUAUUGCUCCAGUUAUGCCUGCAGACCCACAUUUUUAUCUCUGGCCCUGGGUGUAGCUUACUGUGUGCACAGAACAUUCCUUCUCUGUGUGUUUGCUUCUAUAACUAUAAUGGGUUCCCUGAUAAAUGCAAGGACCACAACGGCCUAAAGAUCAGCUUUGGAUAUCUUGAAAAAUCCACCAUUAUAAACAGAGCAUAGUGAUGUCAUCAGUUAUAAUCAGUGUUGAAUAACAUGAAUCUUAAACAUUUGCAUAUGUUCUUUA